ACUUGCUUCUACGCAUCCAUCUUCGUUUCUUCUCUUCCCCCCUCUGCUGCAUUCUUUCCUUGCAAAUGGGUUCCCCUUGUCGUUGUUAAUUCUCUCGCAUUAUUGGAUCUCUAAUCUCCGAUCCUAUGGAGAAGAUGGGAUACGAAGUGGGUUCUCUCGUUUUGAAAGUUUUGGUAGAAACCAUUGGAUUCUUCGCCAAAACAUUCUCAUUCCUAUCGUCUCUUGCUUCUGAUCCUCUGUUCUCCACCAUCGUCGCUCUCUACAGCCUAAUCCUCCUCUAUCUCCCCCAAAUUUUCGUCGAUCUCGUUUUCUCACCAGUCUUGAUCUCAACUGCAAUUCUGUUAUCGAGCUUACUACGAUUAGGAGCUAUUCAGAGUGUUGAAGAACAGAACAAUAAUAAGCCGACGGAACAGGAAGAAAUCGAAUCGUCGUCAGUCGAGGUUUACAAAUGGGUCAAAUGCGAAACAGGAACAGAUACAGAGAAAGAAACCAUCACUGAACCUUGCGUCAGUCCGAGUAUGAAACCCUUCUUCUCCGCCUCCAAUUCAUUCGUGGAAUGGAACGUGGGAGCCCCACUAGAAGUCAUUUACGAAGAGUAUGAAGGAGAAGAGGAGGAAUGUUCCAAUGACAAGGGCAUCGACAGAAUGCCGUCGUUGUUGCUUUAUUACUCAGAAUCUGAUUCGGGUAGCUCGUCGGACGGUGAUUUACCCGCAAUCGAGAGGUGGGAUUCGUCGGAAAGUAUGUGUUUCAGAUGGGACGAAGAGGACAGAGAGGGAUUGAUCGAGAUACCGUUGGAUGGAAAGAGAAACUCCAUUUCUGUUUUUCAGGUGGAAGAAGAGAACCUAAUAGAAAUCGACAUCUCUCUUAGCCCUUUCGGAGUUCAGGCGACGAAUUGACGACUAUUCCGGCGAGUUUCAGAAUUCAGAUUC